CACACACAGCAUUCGGUCGUCAAGUGCGGCAAGGGUUGGUAGCAUAACUUGCUGGCUUAUCAACACAUCUACCAGGCAGUUUCUUGAACAUAAUUCCACUGCGCCUUCCCAGCACAACACGUUCUCCAGAUAUCCGUCUCGCGGCUUGAAGUCUGUUCACAUGGCGUCCCAGGAUCUCCCCCAAGGAGCUCCGAAGCUAACAAUCUGCGUGGGCGACAUUCACGGGCACUACGUGCGACUAGUGAAUCUCUGGGAGCGGUUGGAAGCCAAGGCGGGCGACGACUUCGCGACGUGCACCGUGAUUUUCCUCGGCGACUUCAACGACCGCGGGCCGCGCACCAAGGACGUCAUCGAGUGGCUCGUCAACCUGCCGCAGCGGUACCCGCAGCAGAAGCACGUGUUCCUCGCCGGCAACCACGACUUCUCCUUCGCCUCCUUCAUCGGCGCGCUGCCCCGCUUCCAGCCGCCGUCGGGCUUCAAGUUCUCCGAGACGUGGCGCGGCGCGGAGAAGGACGAGGAGCGCGAGGGAUGGUGGAAGGGCGACGACAUGGAGAACGUGCAUCUGCAGGGUCGGCGGUGGGCGGGGAAGAUCAAGGAGCGCAUCAGCAAGAAGGGGCGGCCGUACGACGAGUCCACGUACGACGCCGGCGCCACCUUCCGCUCGUACGGCGCCGAGUUCGGGAACCGGGAAGCACUCGUCGCUGCAGUGCCCGAGUCGCACAAGGAGUUCCUACGCAACCUGUCGUGGAUAUACGAGCAGCCCGGCGUGGACACGGGCGACGCGGCGACGAGCUACAGCCGGUUGAUCGCAGUGCACGCGGGGUUCGACAAGGACCGGCCGCUGGGCGAGCAGAUCGAGGAGCUCCGGCAGCGGCAGCCCGUCGCCAGCAGAUACGAGGCGCUCAGCGGCCGCAAGAACGUGUGGGACAACCCCGAGGAGUUGGAGAAGGACAAUGUGCUGGUGGUGAGUGGACACCAUGGCGUGCUGGACACAUCCCGGCGCCUGCGGCUGAUCAUAGACGAGGCGGGGGGGCUGGACGCACCCAUUGCUGCCAUGUUGCUACCAUCCAGGGAGAUCAUCCGAGACACCGACCCUCUGUUCGCCUCCUCUAGCGCUCUCACAGAGGCCGCCGAGGUGUCAGAGGCAGCAGCUCUGGCACAGGAGGAGUCAGCACGUGAAGUGGAGCUUGUGGCUGCAUAGAAAGGUUGAAUGGAUGAAGACAGAAUACUAGGGAAGUAUUCUAACCUGCUCCAAGCUAUAGAUAGACCACUGAAUAUUGUUCAUAUAUUUAUAUAUUUUACUAUAUCAGGAAGAUCUUCCUUUCUGAUAGUACA